UUAUUAUUAAAAAAAGAUUUAAAAUGACCAACGCACAAGAGCGUAUGUAGUAGGACUACAUUUGGAUUCGUGAUUAAUCAACAGGUGAUGCAGAUGUAAAGAUGCGUACAUUUGGACAACAUUAUCUCUAUUAUCAUGCUCCAAAUAAGAGAGAGAGAUUGGAGAUGAUUUGGAGAUCUAUGGGAAAAGCAUAUGAUUGGGAAAUGGAGAAAUUCAGAGUGAGAAUAUCAUUUAUAUUCAUUAGAUGCAAAAGAAAUUUAUUGAUAGAGGAAACAAGAGGAGAUUCUUCAAGAAUUUCUUUAGAUUGAUUAAAAAUCCAUUUGGUUACAUUUAUUGGAAGACUUAUCGUAUUAGAUAACCAAAAGGACGUAUAAUUACAACAAUGCUUGGCUUAGGUGUGAUUGGUACACUCUAUAAAUACAAAUUGGAAUCAAGUAAUUUAAGCAUAAUUAAUAAUUAGAUCAAAUCUAAAAAAGAGAAUAUUAUCUCUUAACAGCUGGUAAGAAUUCUGAAGGAAGUGGUCUUAUUAAUACAGGAUAUAAUAAUGAUAAGUAAUUAUUGCUUUUGAUUUAAGAUUGGCUCGUCAAGGAAUGCCUUUGACACAAAUGUUUUACUCCUACCUUUACGCCAAAGAUAUCGUUGUCUCUAGAUCUAGAGAUUAAAAUUAUAGAAAGUACUUCGAAAUGAGAAAGAAGUAUUAAAUCAAAGAAUGAUCUAAAUAUGUAUCAUCAUAAACAUUAUCCCAAAAC